GUUCUCCCCCGGUUUGAUUCUCUUGCUUAAUUUCCUUCCCUCCCCCCCCUCCAAUUAUCGACCGUGUGUCUCCUCUCCUCCUCAUCCACAUCCGCGGCAUCGCUGUUUCACUGUCACUCUGGCUCACGGGCUAGUUUUGCCGCUUGCUGUCGAUUCUUCCUGACAAUCGGUGGCUCCUUUGUCCUUUUUCUGAUUAUCACCCCUUUGUGGUCUUUCUUUUUAUGAUCUCCCCUUUGUCUCCCCAAUCAUCUUCUUCGAGUCGUCCUUAGUCGUAUGCCAUCAUCAACAUGAAUGCCUCUCAGCAACCAACAGCUUUCUCCUAUCCUUUCCCGCCCGGCGUCUCGCUGGGUCCGCCAGUCUCCCCUGUCAGUCAAACCAAUCCGCACUUGUCGGUUAACCUGGGCUCCAACAAUCCCUUUCGCAGCCGUGCCCUGUCCCCGUCCAGUUCCAUUACCUCAGGCGGCAGACCAGAACGUCCGAAGUCUACGAAUCCCUUUCUCGAUGAUACCGAUCCAAUGUCGCCACAGUCUGCACCAGUAGGAUCAGUGGGGUCGCCUCAGGAUAUGACCCAGAACACGCGCGAUCUUUUUGAAAGUCUGUCUUUGAACCCAGAUCCCAAGAGCAACGCCUCUCGACCAGCGCCGCCACGCCCGGAGAAGCCUUCCAACAGCCGCCCGCCUCGACCGACCCGGGACACUUCCGAGGCACGAUCCAAGGAUCCUUUGGAUAUCUUUGCGGAUCCACCAAGCAUGUCGAAACCUAGCGGAUCGCGGCCCCGAGAUCGAGAAAGACGUCCACGUCGCAACUCAGAAUCGUCAGUGAUGGAGCGGACCCCAAAGCUCCUUGAUGAGGACGAUGAGAAAAAAAGACGCGAGAGACGGCGACGCGAGCGCGAGGCUCGUCAGCGCGAUGGCAAGUCCCGCUCUAGGCGACCUACCUAUGAGCUUGAUAUCAUCGAUAAACUGGAUGUGACCAGCAUUUACGGCACAGGAAUGUUCCACCACGACGGUCCUUUCGACGCCUGCAAUCCCAACCGUAAUCGCAAAGGCUUGCGCACUGCCCCCAUGCAAGCAUUCCCUAAAGAUUCAUCCAAUAUGGCUUUGGGAGGCUCAGGACCAAACAAUCAGAACAUCGAUCUGAAUUUGUUCCACGGAACCGCGCAGGAAGGAUACAAUGACUUUGCUUUGUCAGGUUCGGCUGCAGAUAGUCGCAAAACAGAAGGGGCUAACUUUGAUCCGGGCUCUCGCAUCGACCCGGUCCACGGCGCUGAAAGUCUGGGGCUAGGUACCAGUACUUUCUUGGAAGGCACCCCUGCUAGUCGUCUGGCUAUCAAGGAGCUAGAAACAGAACAGCAGAAUGCCUUCAACAACAACGCGAAUCUUCAGCGCAAGAAGAGUUUGGCUCAAAGAAUCCGGGGAAUCAACCGCCCGCCAGGUGCCGGUCGAGUGGUUUCUCCACAAGCCGCCUACCGUGCUCCAGUCUCUCCUCCCACUUCGACUUCUCCGCGUAAUGAAAAGAACCCAUUUUUCCAGGACUAUGAUGAUGCCUGGGAUAAGAAAGGGACUCGAAUCAGCUCCGUCGAGGAAUCCAGAGUUGUUGAUGGUGGGCGCGUUCGUUCAUCGAGUAGCCCUAAGCAGACGACGGGUCUGGAGCGAAGGUUCACAAACGAGCGGGGCAAUACCGCCUUCGACGAUGGCAAAGCGAAUGGAGGUGGCUUUAUCAACCGGAUGAAGAGUUUACGGAAGCCCCGCCCGGAGAGGCGGAUCAGUAACGACUGAGUUGCCGACUGUUACCUUUUUUUUUUUUUUUUUUUUUUUUUUUUUCUCUUUU